CGAUUUGCAAGAAUUUCAACUGAAAUGUGCGCAUCGACUUAUCCUACUAUAAGUUUAGUUUACCCUAUGUAUAAUAAUUUAAUGGACCAUGCUGAAAAAAUAAUGAAGAAUGGAAAAUCUUCAAAAUUCUUAGUUGCAGCUAUAAAGGUAACAUAG